GCUCCUGUAGGGCUGCGUGCGUGCUUGCGCGCACGCGUGCGUCCCUGCGUGCGUCCCGUUAGUCCGGGUUGGGUUCCGUAUUGUGCCCGGCGCAGCAGUACCGCCGAAUUGGCCGAGCAGCCGCGUCUGUAGGAGGAGAGGCGAGGUUCAGUCAUUACAAAAUACUCCACGACAAUGGCUUCCAAGAGAGCGCUGGUCAUCCUGGCUAAAGGCGCCGAGGAGAUGGAGACGGUCAUCCCUGUGGACGUCAUGAGGCGAGCCGGAAUUAAGGUCACCGUUGCGGGUUUGGCUGGGAAAGAGCCGGUGCAGUGCAGCCGAGAUGUCGUCAUUUGCCCUGACGCCAGUUUGGAAGACGCGAGAAAAGAGGGACCCUAUGACGUAGUGGUUCUGCCGGGCGGCAACGUGGGCGCCCAGAACCUGUGUGAGUCCGCCGCCGUGAAGGAGGUCCUGAAGGAGCAGCAGAGCCGGAAGGGCCUCAUAGCCGCCAUCUGUGCAGGUCCUACGGCUCUGUUGGCUCACGAAAUAGGUUUUGGAAGCAAAGUGACAACACACCCACUUGCUAAAGACAAAAUGAUGGCUGGAAGUCACUACAGCUACUCAGAGAGCCGCGUGGAGAAGGACGGCCUGAUCCUCACGAGCCGGGGGCCGGGCACCAGCUUCGAGUUCGCGCUCGCCAUCGUGGAGGCGCUGAGUGGCAAGGAGGUGGCCCAGCAGGUGAAGGCUCCGCUCGUGCUGAAAGAUUAGGGCGGAGGCGUCCGGUCGCGGGCCUCCCCCGCGGGCCGCCUCCGCGUGCAGGUAGACAGAGGCGGCGGCUCCUGGGUGGGGAAGCCGCCCUCACGCGUGAAGUGUGGUCGCGAAGGGGCCCUCCACAGGUUCCUCGCCCACCGCUGUGUCCCCACAUUUCCGAACCUUGAUUGCAGAAUAAACAGGACGUUUAGCAAAC